CAGAGAUUUCGGCCAUCGUGAUCUGUCUGCGCGACCUUAACCUCAGACUUACAAUACUCCGAUAUUUAUACGUGCUAUGUUAUAUUUUUAUAAUUAAUGAAUGUUAUUGUCGUGUGUGAUUUUAACAAGUUAAGUACAGAGAAUUAAAAACAUUAGUACACGCAAUUUCUUGAAAUAUACAGAAGGGUAUUGUAUGAGUCAAAAAAUAGAAAAACCAAUACUAUCUGGUCAGCGCAUAAAGACCAGAAAAAGAGAUGAAAGAGAAAAGUAUGAUCCAACGGGUUUCCGAGAUGCAAUUUUACUUGGUUUGGAGAAAACUGGUAACGAUUUAGAAGCAAUUUCUAAGUAUUUAGAUUCAGCUGGCUCCAAGUUAGACUAUCGUCGAUACGGAGAGGCUUUAUUUGACAUCUUAAUAGCUGGUGGCCUCCUUGUACCAGGAGGUUCUAUAGCUCAAGAUGGCGACAAGCCUGUUAAAACAACUGCCUGUGUUUUUGAACAACCAGAGGAUAUGGAAUCUAUGCGGAAUUUUGAACAGGUCUUUAUCAAGCUUAUGCGGCGUUAUAAGUACUUGGAAAAAAUGUUUGAGGAAGAAAUGAAGAAGGUGUUAGUUUUUAUGAAAGGGUUUUCACCUAAAAACAGAAUCAAGUUAGCAAGAAUGACAGCAUUAUGGAUCUCUAAUGGAUCUGUACCACCCAUUGUCCUUUCUGUUCUUAUAAACGAGCAUUUGGUUAAGGACAAUUUAGCAUUAGACUUUUUACUAGAAGUCUUUGUGACUUGGAAACAAGAAAAAGGUCUGCCUAGUUUAAUGACUGCGCUCAAGAAAGGUGGAAUUGAAGGAAGGUUAAUGGAAUUUGUGCCACCAAAUAAACGAACAGAAGAAUAUUUUCGAUCUGUCUUUGAAGCUGUUGGUUUAGCUGACAUAGUAAAGCUUCAUAAAGCUCAGGCAAGUCAAGAAGCAAAGAGGGAUUUGCAACAGUCUCUUAUAGAUGAUCUAGCUAACAAAAGAUCUAUGAAGGAUAUAAUAUUAGAUGUCAAAGAAAUGGCACAAAGAAGUGGUAUACCUGAACAUGAAGUGAUUGGAUUGAUUUGGAGCGUUGUAAUGACUCAGGCUGAAUGGAAUAAAAAGGAAGAACUGGUAGCUGAACAAGCAGUGAAACAUUUAAAAAUGUAUACUCCACUGUUUGAUGCUUUUACAUGCACUGCCAAAUCUGAGCUUGCUCUACUUCUUAAAGUCCAGGAAUUCUGUUAUGAGAACAUGUGCUUUAUGAAAGUCUUCCAGAAGAUCGUCUUACUCUUUUACAAAACUGAUGUAAUAUCAGAAGAAGUGAUUCUGAAGUGGUACAAGGAGGGACACUCUGUCAAAGGAAAAAUGCUCUUUUUGGACCAAAUGAAAAAAUUUGUAGAAUGGUUACAAAAUGCUGAAGAAGAGUCAGAAUCAGGAGAAGAAGAUUAAACGAUAGAU